AUGAGUUGUCUAGUUCACCCUGAGCUGCAGCCGCUGAUUCCAUCUACGCCACGACCCUCGCGAUCUUCUACAGAAAGUUCAGAUACCAAGCAACUGUUGUCCGGGAGACAUACAUCGAAUGAACAAGAAGUCGGGGCUGGAAAUACCCAUCCGUCACGCUCAGUAGAAGACGAUGUGCUUCCAGAAACAUCGACACUCGGUCGCACGUUGACAUGGCAGAGUGCUUAUAUUCUUGUUAUUUCAAGAGUAAUUGGCAGCGGCAUCUUCGCCACUCCGGGUGCCAUCCUUCGCUCCGUCGGCAGCCCCGGCUUGUCACUUUUGCUAUGGAUUGUCGGCGCAAUAGUUGCUGCGUGUGGCUUGAUGAUUUCCCUAGAGUUUGGGUCGAUGCUCCCGCGGUCGGGGGGAGACAAAGUUUACUUGGAGUUUACAUAUCGUCAGCCACGUUUCUUGGCAUCAACCCUCAUCGCCAUUCAAGUCGUUCUUUUAGGCUUCACAGCCAGCAACUGCAUCGUUUUCAGCGAGUAUCUAUUAUUCGCACUGGGCGGCGAGAAUCCCAGCGAUUUUCUACGGAAAGGGCUUGCUGUAGCACUGCUUACCCUGAUCACCGUGAUUCACGGUUGCUUCCCACGUUUUGGCAUCAGGCUGCAAAACUUUCUAGGCUGGAUUAAAGUUGCUCUUGUUGUCUUCAUGAUAUUCUCAGGCCUCUAUGUUGUUUUGUUCCGACCAACAUCAAAGUCCACUCAAAAAACAACGGGAGGACUCGGAUGGGGAGAGAUGUGGGAGAAUACUAAUUGGAAUUGGGGUGUUAUUGCCACGUCCUUAUUCAAAGUUUUCUACUCAUACUCAGGUCUCGACAACGCCAACUACGUCCUAAACGAGGUUAAAGACCCAGUCCGAACUUUGCGAUCUGUGACGAUGGCGGCGUUGACUACCGCAUGCGGACUUUACGCGCUUAUCAACGUAGCAUACUUCCUCGUCGUGCCCGUCGAUGAGAUUAAGGAGAGCGGCGAGCUGAUUGCAGCUCUCUUCUUCGAACGAAUAUUUGGUGAGGGUGUGGGCAAGACAGUCCUUCCAUUGGCGGUUGCACUGAGUGCAGGUGCCAACGUUCUCGUCGUUGCCUUCUCUGCGGCACGUACCAAACAGGAGAUUGCUAGACAAGGCUUUCUUCCGUUUUCUGAUAUCUUAUCUUCGACGAGGCCAUUCAAUUCACCUCUAGGCGGUUUGAUUGUUCACUACAUACCAUCCUUUCUGGUUAUCACGUUGCCUCCGUCAGGGGAAGUUUACUCGUUCAUUCUGGAGGUUGAAGGCUACCCCGGGCAAUUCUUGGCGUUGGCUGUUGGGGUCGGGCUUCUUUGGCUUCGAUUCAAACGUCCCGAUAUCAAACGCCCCUUCAAAGCAUGGGUUCCAGCUGUGAUCUUGCGAAUCGGACUGAGUCUUGCCCUACUUGCAGCGCCCUUUUUCCCGCCUGACACAAAGCCCUCAAACGGGCUGUUUUAUGCUACGUAUGCAAUUGUCGGUGCAAGCAUCCUUACAGCUGGAGUCGCAUAUUGGUAUGUCUGGACAAUCAUACUGCCUCGGUGGGGAGGUUAUAAGAUUGAGGAAAAGGAAGAGGUUUUGAGUGAUGGGACAACCAUAACUAAGCUUGUACACACAAGAAUUUGA